CCUCAAUUCUAAUUCUAUGAACAUUUAAUGGUUGGAUUUGUGUCGCCCAAUGCUAUAAAUGCGUUAUUAUCAUCAGACAUUUGUAUGAAUUGUUAUUUUCAAAUGGUUUAUUUUAGUCAGUCUAUCCCAGUCAUAUAAAAAGCGUUAUAAAUUGGAACUAACUUCCAGUCGUUGGGCAACCUGUAUCAGCGACCGCUGCAUCCCUGUUUUGAUGGGCUCGUUAAUGGACCAUGGUCUGAUAAGAAGGCCUGUUGCAGGUCACAACAGAGCAAUGCCUGCUUUGUUAUCGAUUAAAUCCUUUGAUAAGUCAAACAAUAUCUAACAUUAACUGGUUAUUGACACGAGGGACAAUGAGGGCAAAUGGUAUAAAUGUAGCCUGGACCUGACGCACUCAAACCACACCAGGAACAGAACCACUGCCCAGCCAUGAAGCCAGAGGCCGUCUCCGUGAUCCUCCUCCUGUGCUCUCUGGCCUUCUGCUGCCAGCUGUCCCGGGCAGGCGUCACCUUCCUCAGCCCUGCUCACAAACCCCUGGACAAAGGAAAGCCUCGCGUCGGUCGUCAAGUGAUGGAGUUGGCCCCCCCGCUGCAUGACAGGAGCUACGCUACGGUAGGCGACGACAGCAGCCAGCGCCCCCUGCUGCUCUCAGACCCGGUCAGCCAUCUCUCCUCCCCCCAGCAGGUGGCGGCACCCUUCGAGGUCGGCCUCACCCUGCAUGAGGAGGAGUUCCAGGUCUACCGGGCGCUGCACCAACUGCUGCAGAACAUCAUGGGAGACCCCGAUGCCACAGAGUGACCUUCAAAGCUCUGGACAUCAAUAAGCAUGUUCACAUCAAUUUAAUAAUUAAAGUCUGAAAAUCUAUGCAAAUU